GAAGGGGGCGGUGAAAUUGUGAAACAGCGUUCCUGGAUAGAGUUACGUUGCUCAGCAUUUAGAAAGAGACGCCACGGCAGCGGCGGAACAAUGUCGAAGUGAAGUUUCUGAAUUUUCUUCCUCUUCAAAGGCUUUUUCAAACCAGCGCGAGACCUCAACAAGACUUUAGAGAAUGCUUCAGCUUGGAAGCCUGUUUACCCAGUUUCAUCCCAGCUCCAAAGCUUCAGAAAGUGCCCAAGGACAGAGUUCAAAGCGGACGCUAACACUGUCUGACUUUUUACAACAUGCCAUGAAACUCACCGGGCUGAGGAAGGAGGAUGUUUACUGUAACCUCCGUGUUCCUAACCAGUUUCAGACAGCCAAAGAUGACAUCAACAUCGUUUUCCUCACAGGUCAAGGGAUCUUCUGCUUGGAUGUUAAACCCUGGAGGGGCGUCGUGUCUGCGCACAACCAAAACUGGCAUGUGCAGGUUAAAGAAGAGGACCAAAAUCUUACCAAUACGUGCAUUGAGCAGGUUGAAGAUCCCCUCAAAGCUAUCACGACCAAGACGGCUAACUUAUGCGGCCACCUGAAGAGCAGUGGAGUGUCCGUGCGCCAAAGCGCCUUCUUCCCCAGAGUCGUCUUCCUCUCUCCAGACUGCGAGCUGGACGAGGAGCUGAGGAAGAGGAGGGAGCUGGUCUCCCACAGCCAGAUAGAUGAUUUCCUCAGAUCUUUCAAGGAGAGCUACAUGGCCUGGAUCUCCGAUGCUCUGACUCCCUCCUGGAUCUCUGGUCAUCUGUCGUACAGGCAGAUGGAGGCAGUGCGGGAGGUCUUGAGGAGGGUGGGAACGUGGGAUCUGGUGCGGCUGCACGGAGGCGAGCAGCUGAAGGGCGACUACCAGGGCUGCCAGUACAUCGCUCUCGACCGCCAGGACACCGACACGCUCGAGUUUUCCAGGCUCAAGACCCUGUCUGCUGAUUCCCUGUGGGCCCUGCUGGGACACGCUCCUCAGGUAACGGUUAAAAUGUAUAAACGUGGAUCUCGCAGCUGGUUGGGUAAAUCCCUCAACGCCACCGCCACCAUCCCUUCCAACACCUUCGUGAUGUUCAGGAUCAGCGGCGAAGACGCGGAUGCCAAAAUCCCAGCGAACACCAUUCACAGCAUCACACUCAGCAUUUAACUGUGAGCGUCAGAUACCAGGAGGAGGAGGAGGAGGAGGAGUGGGGGGGGAAGCAUUCUUAAUUAUUAGUAUCGCAGUUGCAAAAACCAAAACUGAGUGUCUUUUACUAUGCAGUGUUUGUACUUUGGUAUUUUAUAUAUAAAAAAAAACAAAAUCAAAAAUGUCUUAAUGGGAGAAAUUAUUGGAAAUAACAAUUUUUCAGCUUCUUCAAUCAUCAGUGAAAAUAUUAUGUUAACGAAGCUGGUUUCCAACAAUUAGCCUGAUUAACUUUUGUCUUGUUUUGAAUUUCUAGGGCCGGCCCACACUUUACGCCAGCCAUUAAUUAGCCAUUACGCUAACUGACGGUGUCACAUCGGAUCAGGUCUCGAGUGUUUAAUGCGUUAAUUGUGGCGGUUUAAACACCGGUGGCCUGUGGCGCCGUGAAGGGGCCCGAACGCGCUCCUGCCUCCGUAAUGGGAAGUUAUUUACGGCGCGUUUAGACGGUGUAACUGUAAGAGGCUUUAUUAAUAUGCCCCACUGCACCGGGGGGGAGACGAUAACACCUUCAGGAGCUCACAGGCGCAGCCACCAGCGUCAUUCAUAACCGUGUCAGAGUCACUUUCCAUCAGUUACCAGGCUUACACGGCUGCGCUAACAGCUAGCAAUUGUAUUUACCGGGCCUGGCAGUGGCCGAAAUGAAGUUAUUUCCAUCAAGAUAUCAGUGCCUUUAGCUAAUGCAAUAGAAGGAGCUCUCUCUGCUGAUGGUAUCUCCUUGCGUGGCAUCUCUACCUUAAACAUCAUUACACUGUACUCAAGCUCCUCACGUUUUUAAAUGUCUCUUUCACCUGAGGGGGAAGAUCAUAGGUAGUUGCACAAGCAGUGCUGCGUUGUUUGCAUUAUUUUUUGAGAGUGGUUGUUUUGAGCUCUCGGUCGACAUUGCUUGAGUUUUUUUUUAUGAACUUAAUAUCUUUGCGUAUUUAAACUUACAGCGAGUAUUCCUCAGGUUUUCUCCACAGCACUUGACAAACAAUACUGACAGUAUCGGGCGGUAGAGAUGCGCGUAUCGAUCCAGAAAUUGUCGAUACUUUGGAUCUAGACAUGUGUUUUUUUUUUAGAAUCGAUCUUCGCAUCAAAAUGUCAAUAGAAAUAUUAAUACUUUCAUGAAUGUGUAAUGAAUUCUAAAAAAGUAAAAAAGAGACCUCUAUGGUGGAAGGCAGGCAACAUCCAGGUAUAUAGUGAAAAAACAUCACAGGCAUGUACACGUAGAUCAUGUCAACACGCUGUUGUUUCUUAACAAAAACGUAUAAAUGGGAAAUGAUAGAGAGAAUACAGAAUGAGACAUUUGUUGUUACGGUUCAAGUGAAGUUCCAACCUGGAGACCAGACUGUCUGGUUCACAAAGAAGUACAUCAAAGUUAGAGCGACUGUUCUUAUUUUCAUUUUUAGUUUGAGAGUGAUUUUUUUUUUUUUUUUUUUAAAUGUGAUUUGCUCAGGUUGUAUUUAAUUGGUCUUAUUAAAGAGAAGUCUGAUAAUUGUCAGAGAGUUGUGAAAUACAUUUUCCAUAAUUACAUUCACAAGUUUUCAUUGUAAAACUCCAUCAUUUUCAUAUACACAAGUAGACAUCUAAAACUAUGGGUAUAUGGAUUACUUUUGGUGUCGGACUGAAAGGAAAAACGGCUGUAUCGCACAUCCCUAUCAGACGGUCUGUAAAUGAGAACGACUUGCAUGCAUGAGAAUGUUUUACUGUCAUUUUGUUAUACUUUUGUAGGUCAUUUUUUUGUAUUUAAGAUUUUCAAGCACUUUCAGACAUAAAGCCAAGUUAAAAAAGCAUGAACUCUUCUGUUGCAUGGUUGUUUACUGAAUGUAUCACUGUAUCAUCAAGUGUUUUUAUGUUUUUCAAUGAUCUGGUGUUUUAAUAAAAAGAUUUAAAGCUUCAA